AGGAGAGGAGAAGUGGCACUGGCUGUUGCCUCUGCGUCAUAUUCAUACCAGUGCAGCUGAGAGCUGCCCCCUUUUUUCCCUCCUUCUCCUCUUCCUACCUUCCUUCCCUCCUUCCUUCCUUCUCAACAUCCAAUUUGCACACUGCUAGAUCUCCCCUCUAUUUGUGUCUCCUAUCUCCUAUCUGCUCAUCACACUCUUCCUCCCUCUCUCUCUGCUGGCCCAGCUUGGUUUCCUCUGUGCGGCUGACCCGGGCGGACUUUUUCGAGUAAGCGUGGGUGCAGAAGAAAGAGAAAGACAAAGAGUUGGCCUAUGCGAGCAACGCGUGGACUGAGAGGUGCUAUUUCGUUCAGAGCAGAGCCCAACAUGUGAGAAGAUGUCUGUUGGAGGUUGUGCUUGUCCCGGCUUUUCGUCAAAGUCAUUCAAGCUGUACUCUCCUAAGGAGCCCCCCAACGGCGGCAGCUUCCCCCCCUUCCACCCAGGCGCUAUGCUGGACAGAGAUGUGGGGCCUACACCCAUGUACCCGCCAUCGUACAUGGAGCCUGGAAUGGGGAGACCCACACCGUAUGGGAACCAGACAGACUACAGGAUAUACGAGCUGAAUAAAAGGUUACAGAACUGGACAGAGGACUGUGACAAUCUCUGGUGGGAUGCCUUCACAACUGAGUUUUUUGAAGAUGACGCAAUGCUCACCAUCACUUUCUGUCUGGAAGAUGGACCUAAACGAUACACCAUCGGCAGGACACUGAUUCCACGUUACUUUCGAAGUAUUUUUGAGGGGGGUGCCACUGAGUUGUUCUAUGUUUUGAAACAUCCAAAGGAGUCCUUCCACAGUAACUUUGUGUCUCUCGACUGUGACCAGUGCACCAUGGUGACCCAGAACGGCAAACCUAUGUUCACACAGGUUUGUGUGGAGGGCCGUCUGUACCUGGAGUUCAUGUUUGAUGACAUGAUGAGGAUCAAGACGUGGCACUUCAGCAUCAGACAACACAGAGAAGUCCUACCAAGGAGCAUUUUGGCUAUGCAUGAUCCCCAGAUGCUCGAUCAGCUGGCUAAAAAUAUCACUAGAUGUGGGCUGUCUAACUCCACGCUCAACUACCUCCGUCUAUGUGUGAUAUUGGAGCCCAUGCAGGAGCUGAUGUCUAGACAUAAGACCUACAGCUUGAGCCCUAGAGACUGUCUGAAGACCUGCCUCUUCCAAAAGUGGCAAAGGAUGGUAGCACCUCCAGCUGAGCCAGCCAGACAAGCUCCAAACAAGCGGCGGAAAAGGAAGGUGUCUGGCGGAAGCACUGUGAGCUCUGGUGGAGGCAGCAAUAACAACAGCAACAGCAAAAAGAAGAGUCCAGCCAACAGCUUUUCACUUUCCAGCCAGGUACCUGACCUGGUUGGAACAAAAACCUGUACAGUGCCGGAGCUUGAGGACCGGAGUUGAGAACCACUACGCAAAAUCUUAAACACACACAAACACUGACACACACACACACAAACACAUUCACCUACAGCUACAGCAUAAAACAUUGCGGUACUGGAGAGAGGUGGUACACAGCAUAUCUGGACCACAGCACCAGAUGCUACAGAUGUGUUUUCAUUUUUUGUUUUUUUUGUUUUAGAUUUGUUUUGCUGUUUUUUGUAAACAAUUUCUAAAAAAUAAACAAGCAAGCAAACAAAAAAACCCCAGAAAUUCUUUGCGCUGUUUUCCACUAUUAACUCCAAUCUAUUUUUCUUAUGACUUGAUUUUUUUUCCCUUUUCUAUUAUUGCUAAUGUACGAAGUGUAAAACAUCUGAAACCUGCAGUAUAUUAAUGUACAGUAUAAGUAUUGCUGUUAGGUCAUUCUCAUUGUGAUGGUAAUAACUUUUAUGUAAGUCUAUGCUUGAUAUGUAACCCAUGUGUCACCAGGUCCAUUGGCUUCAGUGCUACAAAGUGGGAGAACAAGGCUAGCGUUUUAAUACCGUGCUACAUCUUGUUUGAUUGUUUGAGUCCAAAGCAGCGCACUGGAAACCAUUUUUCCCACUAGGUUUUUAUCAAACACCUGCUUUGGAUCUGUUGUAUCUGCUUUGUCUUGAAAUCUCUAUCUGGGGGGGGUCCUCUCUUCAGAGAACAUAACAGAAAAUAGACAAAUUUGCUACUCAAAAUAUUUUGAAAACAAGUUUUGUCAGGAUUGUAAAAUAAGAAAGACACUUUUGUAUUAAAUUAAGUUUCCCUGAAAUGUUUUUAAUCACAAUUUAAAAAGCUGCAGACCAAGGAGCUACAUGUAAAGAUUCUUAAAAAAAAUUGAGUACACUCUGCUGUUUUAUGAAGAAUCAUUUUGUUGGCUUUACUCCUCAUGUUUGUGUCUGUGCUUGUAUAUUUUUAGGUAGUAAUUUCUGUAAAAGCUAUUCUAUGUAUUCCUCCCUAGAAGUAUGAGAAACAAUCUAAUGUAAAGAGAUGAAAAACCAAGUUUUUUUAAACGUGAUUUUUAAUGGUACAAUCACUGAUAAAAGAAUUUUGCCCUCAUUUUAGCAGACUAUUUAUUUUUUUAUGUGCUGACAUUCUGUUUAGGUUCAACCCUCCUGUAGAAAACUCGUGAUGAUAUUUGGAGGAGUUUGUGGGGCUGCUGAGUCGGUUAAUUCACAGAUAAUAACAGAUAAAUCCGUUACUGUUUUUCAGGACAGGAGGUUCCAAGGUCAUUUUUGCCUGUUUAUUACAGUGAUUCACAGUAAAGAGAGAUUUAUUAGCAGUUUUUUUUUUUUUUUUUUAUUGUAGGUUUCUGGUAUCUGAUAGGUUUUCAGAUGUACCGAGAACCAAUAAAUAACCACAUUUAUAGAAAAUGUUAAUCUUGAAGUUCUCUCUCUCUCUCUUUUUUUUUUUUCUGGGAAGUAGCUCAGAGUUACGGUGAGUUAUCCUCUGAUGAAGAGCCAUGAACUCCUCAGAUGUUGGAAAUGUGCCACAGUGGUGCACCUUUAGUGAAGUUUAAUAGCAUUUACCUAAAGCGUCAGUCAUGAUUUUUAUGGUUUUGUUUUAUAAGGGAUUUGGUGGAAGUUUUUCAGAUGCAUUUCAAAUCUGUAUCCAAUAGGUUGCUCUUUCAUUAAUGGUAAAAUAAGAUGAUCAUUUAUAUUUUAUCUUAGGAAGAAAGACUCACUGUAGGUUGUUGUGUCAGGGUUCCCUGUUUACAUAUAUACAGUAAAAUUGACAAUGUGACAGCUGACGGCUACCACAUAGUAGUGUGCGGGCUCUCCCAGCAGGGGUCUCAGAGCGCCAGGGCGGACUGAGCAGCCUGACAGAAAUUCCUCCGUCAUAACUGGCAGAAAUGCCAUCUGUAAAUCUACACUGAGCUGCAGGCUGUUAUGUUUAAUUUCUUGCUCUGUGUCUUUGUCUC